GCUAAGUGAAUUUGUUUAUUGGUUGUGUGUUGUUUCAUUAGUGGAGUACAAAGUCUAUUGUGAAAAGCUUAAUCUCAACAUUAUAAUUGUGAAUUGCAGAAUAUCCAAUUUUAAUCAUUGCUUUGAAAUUUACUUCUUGUUUCCAGUUUUGACUCGUCUUCCUCAAUUUGCAAAGAUGUGCACAUACCCCACUUUUUAUUUUGUCAAAGUUGCUGUCUUUACCAAGAGAAAGUCCAUUUUCCUUCCAUAGGAAUAUAUAUGUGUGUGUGUAAGUAUGUUUUUAUUCUUCUCUGGAUUGGGGAUUUCACAUUUGUUUGUAGAAUGGGUCAAAGGGCUAAUGGUUCUUGAAAUUGUAACUUUCACUAGAUACUGUUUAUCAUAUAUUGGAUGCUUUUUCAUCAUAAGUUUUAUGUCCUAACCUCACCUCAGAUUGUUUUGAUUUUUUAUGUAGUUAUUCAUAUACUAUCUUGUUUCCUUAUGCAUCACUGUGUUUUAUUAUGUGCUCAGACAGUUCUGUCCAUAGAAUAAACAACAAAGCUUUGCUAAAAUUUUCAAGUUUCUUACUAAAGUUUCCUCUAGUUCGAGUAGAACGAGGAAAGGAUUAUGGAUCAUCAGAAUCCAGAACUAGAAUCCAGAAGGAGUGGCUCAUUUGGUCGACUGAGUGCAGUGAGCUCUUCAAGAAGGUGCUCGUUGAGCACAUCUUUUUCUCUGCCACGACACGCUGAUGAUGCGAUCGAGAGUGAGUCUGUCUCGGAGGUAGGGGAUAUUGGUGAUAGAGCCCUUCACAGCAAUAGAGUCAGUGCAAGUGGCAGGAGUCACUUCUCCUUGGAGAAUUUCGCAGAGAAUGGCGCUGUCGUUCCAGUUCUAGAUGACAAUCUCUUGCAGCCUUACUCGGAUGCUUCUUUUCAUGUAGCACCAGAUUUAGAGAACCUUUCCCCCCUCUCUAUUGAUGCAAUGGUUCAAAAUGAAGAAAAGAAGAUUGACGAGAAAGAAGUUCCGUGGUUGUUAGAGUACACUACCUGCCUCCUUUCUCUUGCUGUGUUUGGAAUUCUAGGGAUUCUAGUUCGAUAUGGCCUUCAAAAUCUCUUCGGACCAGAUGUAAUUGGUGCAACGAGUGACCGGAGUUACAUGUACCCCGAUCUCCCUUCCAACAUGGUAGGUUCGUUUCUGAUGGGGUGGUUCGGUGUGGUCUUCAAACCCGACAUCAUGAAAGUAUCGGAUCAAUUAUCUAUUGGUUUAUCAACAGGUUUCUUAGGAAGCCUCACAACCUUCAGUGGCUGGAAUCAGAAGAUGCUUGACCUCAGCGUUAACGGGGAAUGGGUAUUCGCAGUUCUUGGCGUCGUUAUAGGCUUGUUUCUAGUCGCCUACUCGAUCAUUUUCGGGAUUGAGACCGCCAAGGGCUUGAAAUGGCUACUCCAAAAACGAUCAAACUCGCGACCUCUCUGUCCUUGCUUCGGUGAUUCCACCUCACACAAGUACUCCUGCCUAACGACGUUCAUGGUGAUGCUUCUGCUGGUGCUAGCCCUGCUGUGGAGCGUGUUCGGAGCCUUAGAGAAACGAGAGUUUGAUUCUGGAAGCAGCGAGGCACAGCUGUUCCUAGCUUGCAUGGUGGGGCCGUUGGGCGUUUGGAUUAGGUGGUACUUGGCUCGUCUCAACGGGCGUGGCCUAGGCAGAGACGCGGCCCUUAAAUGGAUGCCCUUUGGCACUCUUGCUGCCAAUGUUUCUGCUGCUUGUGUCAUGGCUGCACUCGCGACGCUGAAAAAGGCGGUGAGAAGUAAGGAGUGCAAUACUGUGGCAAGUGGGGUCCAGUUGGGUCUGCUUGGCUGCCUGAGCACGGUGUCGACGUUCGUCGCGGAGUUUCAUGCGAUGAGGGAGAGCAAGCAUCCAUGGAGGGCUUAUGCUUAUGCAGCCAUCACUAUUGUUGUUUCAUUCACUUUGGGAACUCUUAUCUACUCUGUUCCAGUCUGGGUGAGGGGUUAUGACUAAAACAAGGCCGAUUUGAUCUCGUCCGUGUUACAUUUCACGGGGCUAGGUACGAUCUCAUUCAUUGAAAUUCGAAACUCGGAAAGGAGCUGGUAAGAAAUAUUGCUACAAUUCUCAUGAUCAGUCUGUUCUUGGCUCAAGAUGAUAAGUUCAAAUAUAUAUGGUUUAUAAUUUGUAAUUUAUUACAAUAGUAUAAUAGAUUUAUAAUUGUAAAGUAAUGAGUGGUUUUAGGUUAAAAAUGAGCUUCUGCCUA